UUCCAGUACAACUAGCAAGACUCCAGCGUCCUGUCCGACACAAACCACGGCCUCGUUCAGUUUGGAAAGAAAGCAAAGAAAAAGAAGACAGAAGAAAAAAAAGAACAACUUUCUCCCGGCAACUUUUCCGCAGCCUGCUUGUCCUCCCGUGGUUUGAAGCUUUUCGUCGAAGCAGCAGUGCGACUCUGAGAUUGUUGCCUCCAGUCUGAGAGAAAAAAAAGUUUUACGCGUUUGAAAACUGAAGUUUUUAAGGCACCUUCGUGUUUUUUCGGCUGAGUCUGGAACUCAGCAGUUGGCUUCGCUGUUAAACGGACGCGUUUCGAGCAGCUUCCCGGUGUUUUUUCGGUGUUUUCUGUCCUCACAGCUGCUGUGAAUGAAGUAUCUGCUGAGCUGAAGAAACCAGCGCGUCUCCAUGAGGAAACUCAGCGUGGGAGUCGCUCUAACUUUGUCUUAGCUUUUACACACACACCUCAACGAACCUAUACAUUUUUCUACUCUUUUUUUUGCGCAGGUAGUUUUUGUGUUUUGUUUUUUGUAAGGACAGAAAAUGAAGACGCUGUUGGUGCUGUGUGUGGUUUGCACGCUGGUUGUGUUGUCCGCGUCGGUGACUGCGGAGCAAAAGUUGAAAAACUGUAACGAAGUCCGUGCCGCUUACAGCUCCAAAGGUUUCAACGUGAACGAUGUCCCCAACAAAGGAGUCAACGGAGCCCCUCUGAAGGUUUGUCCGCAGGGUUUCUCCUGCUGCACGGUGGAGAUGGAGGAGAAGCUGAGCCAGCAGAGCCACACGGAGAUCAAAGCUCCUGUCUCCAGGCUUAGCACCAACCUACAAUCCACCUUCAAACAGAAGCACGACCACUUUGACAAUUUUUUCCGCGAGCUUUUGAAAAAUGCAGAGGUUUCGCUGCACAACAUGUUUGUGCGAACAUACGGGAUGAUGUACGUGCAGAAUGCGGAGCUUUUCAAGAACUUCUUUGAAGCCCUGACGCGGUACUACGUGUCCGGCAGCGCCGCCGUCAACCUGGACUCCAUGCUGUCGGACUUCUGGGCUGACCUUCUGGAGAGAAUGUUCCGGCUGGUCAACGUGCAAUACGAGUUCAGCGAUGCCUACAUGGAGUGUGUCAGUCGGCACACGGAGCAACUGCAGCCCUUCGGCGAUGUGCCGCGCAAACUCCGCAUCCAGCUGACACGUGCUUUUGUGGCUGCACGCACCUUCGUACGUGGCCUGGCACUCAUGCCAGAGGUGGUCAACAGAGUCUCUACAGUCAGUGCGUCUCCCAGCUGUGUGCGAGCAGCCAUGAAGAUGUUGUACUGUCCCUACUGCUCAGGCCAAGUGGCCCUGAAGCCAUGCCAGAAUUACUGUCUGAAUGUGAUGCGGGGGUGUUUGGCCAACCAGGCUGACCUGGACACAGAGUGGAACAACUUCCUCGACGCUAUGCUCAGUCUGGCUGAGAGGCUCGAAGGUCCCUUUAAUUUUGAGUCCGUCAUGGAUCCCAUCGAUGUGAAGAUUUCAGAGGCAAUCAUGAACAUGCAAGAGAACAGCAUGCAAGUGUCACAGAAAGUUUUCCAAGGAUGUGGGAUGCCUAAACCUAGCAUGGCCUUCCGUUCUACACGUUCUGUCAAAGAAACAAGUUUCACAGGUCGAUUCCGACCUUACAGUCCCGAUGCAAGACCCACCACUGCUGCUGGGACCAGUUUAGAUCGACUGACAAAUGAUGUGAAGAAGAAGCUGAAACAUGCAAAGAAGUUCUGGUCCACGUUGCCAGAAACCGUGUGUGCAGGUGAGAGGAUUGCACCUGGCGAUGAGUGCUGGAACGGAACAGCAAAAAGCAGGUAUGAGUCAGUUGUCAUUGGCAACGGCCUGGCCAAUCAGGUGUCAAACCCAGAUGUGGACGUGGACAUCACAAAACCAGAUAUUAUGAUUCGCAGUCAGAUUGCAGUUUUGAAGGAGAUGACGAGCUGGCUCAAAGCUGCACACAGUGGCAACGACAUCUCUGUUGAGAACGAUGAGGAGGCCAGUGGAGGAGAGGAGAGCGGCAGCGGUUGCGACUCCCCAUCCUGCGACUCAAACGAAGACAUCUACUUCUCCACCCCACCGAACCCCGGCAAACCGCGGGUGAAUCUGGUACACAGUAACACGUCAGCCGGGGUCGCCUCACAGGGAAGCAUGGCGCUGGCGCUCUGCGGGCUCAUCCUGGCCCUGCUCGCCCCACACUUGAGAUAAAACUGGCUGGCGGGGAGAGGAAGAGAAUGACCAGGAAUCACGGAGCGAAGGGGAAAACUGUCAGAGAGACUUCAAAAAGACUGCCUUCAGGACCUCGGACUGUCCGCCAUUGGGGGGGAAGACUCUUCUUAAUAUUACAAUAACUUCACUAUUAACGAUUUGUUUGUAUGUUUAUAAGGACAUCAGUGUACAGCAAUAUGAUUUUCUUGCCAAGAAAUCCGCCUUUUCCCCCCGGUUAACCUGUACACCAGUGGCUCUGUUGAAGCUAUGUUAUGGUUCUGCUUGCAGCAUUACAAACACUACAGAAUUGUCUUUUUGGCAAUUUAAUCUCAUGAUUCAUUUGGUGCCUUCUGCAGUGAUUGCCAUCUGAUAGCUAAACAUUAAGAAAGAUGUUUGAUUGAACAGUGAGUGCCUGUAUUGGGACAUAUCUUCAUAUUUCUGAAGAUGCUCAUUCCUUCCAAUAUUCAGAAAUCAGUUGAAUACUAGACAUGGAGCUCAUAUAAUGUUGUUAUGAAACAGUUCAUAACAGCUAUUUUGCACAUUAUGAAUGUGCACACUGUGAAUAUUUGUGUCUGUGCAUUUCUACGUUUAGAAACAUCAGCCAGUCAGAAAUUCUGAAGCUUGCUAUUGAUCUCAGCUAAGGAGCAGAACACAGUUCAUCUCUCAGAAAUACAGUGGGAGAAGUUACAGCACAGGUAUUUAUGUUUGACCUGGAGAUGGAAUCAUGGUUUCUAGAAGAGCCGACAGGGUGUUCUGGGGCCCUGAAACAUGCAUAUUGUAUGUCUGCUAUGAGCAUUAUCACAACCUAACUUUUAAUUUCCUCAUUAAUUUAAUUUCUUCAUCUACAGCAGUCCAGUAGUAAGGUCAUACCUCAUGCAUACUCUCAUUGUCAAUGCAAUCUAGUGGUGUUGAGUUGAAAGUGUCUGAUAGAGUUAGAUAUGUGGCCGGCAUCCCCUGCCGUUACCCCUAAAGAAGGCAAAGCUGACAUGUCCUGAAUUCCCUUUUUGGUACUGUAAGCUCAGUUCGGCACAGAAGAUCUGACUCUAUACAGUCUUACUUGUUUGAAAAAGAAAAAGGUGGAUGUUCAGAGCGUUUCACAUUAAACUAGACAAGAGGAAGAAAAGACAGUGUUUGAUCAAGUGAAAUCAAUAAAAGAUUAUUUUAAUACAGGGUUUUAUGUUGAGGAGGUGUUGUAAUUUUUAGCUAUUUUGGUAUGAAGAUAUAUAUUAGGUACUACAGUGGAUUUUACUGCUAGUUUUAGGUGGUGGAAGAGGACAGUGUCCUCAGAUGAUGAGGACACUUUCGGUCAGUGUGCACAGUUUUGGGGGCUUUUUUAAAAAAAAUUUUGCCCACAACCCCCCGUCCCACAAUACCAACUUGUACCUCUUACAUGGCCUGUGUCAGUAUAAAUGGACUCAUCCUGAACCAUUUGAUCUACCUAUCCUCAUCCUCACGUUCUCAUCAUUUCAACUCAAGGUGGAAUGUUGAAAUAUUGUCACAGUUACUACAAAAGUAAUGCAAUGUAUGGUGCCUGAUUUUUUUUCUUUUUUUUUUUUUUUUACUUUGGUACAUUAUCAUCUUCUCAAGAUAAAAAAAAGAAUGUAGAUGUUGAUGAUUUAUGAUCUGUCUGCUCAGAUUCCCUAGAGGGUGUUUUGAGUACAUUGUUACCAGCUGACAAGCACAAUGUAAGGUUUUCUAUGUCGUCUAAGUUGAUAAUCGGGUCUGUGAGUUGCAUUACCUGGCCGUUUCAUCUCUAAAAUCAUGCUGCCUUGUGUAGCUUUUGUACAGUAACUUAUGCAUGUAUUUUAAUGUCAUGGCAAACAUGCUUUUAGAACUGACAGAUUAUCUGAAGUACAGCACCCAGGAUGCCUUGAUAUGCACAGUUUAGGUGAAAAAUAUUCAUUACUUCAUCAAGUAAUUUAUUAAAUUGAUCAGAUUUGGGGCCAUUUUGUAAAACAUUUGAAAGGAUGUCACAUUUGUCAAACAAUUAGAUGUAGUUGAGACAAAUGGUAAGCAAUAGAAAGAACCCUUUUAGUUCUUGUUGGGCUUUGAAAUUGACAGGUUGAUUGUAUGCUUAUAUGGCAUUUUCUUUCAAAAAAAACAAAAAUAAGUAGUUUCCAAUGAUCAGACGUCAAGAGCGAACAUCAAUAUUAUGAAUCUGACUUUGAAGGAUUUGAUGAAACAUCUAUGCAACCCAUAUAAAAUACUGAAGCCUUAAUCUAAAAUCAUAUAGCUGCACUUCAGCAGCUGGAUUUGACAUUACUUCUGCAGGUGACCAGUUUAAUUCUCCUGUUUUUGUGUUCCAACAUUUCUACAAGGGCUUGUGCAUGUGUUUGUGUCAUGUGGAAGAGUUGUGUCGAGUGCGAAGAAACCCAAAGUUUCUGAGAGUCGGAGGAAAUGUUUUGAGUGACGGUGGUAAAAGUCUGUGCUUGCAGGCCAGGGCAGCAGCGUUUUCCGGCUGGCGGGGAGCUGGUCCAGCUGCUGGAUGUUUGCUCUUUCGAUCCGCAGAGCAAACUUCAGUCUCGUGACUUUUAAGUCGAGUUGGACGGGUGCUGAAACCUGUCCGCCUGCCUGCGGCCCACAAGAACAGAAAGGACUCGCUCUCUGAGGAGGGAGCGAGUGAGUGACUGAAAAGAAUGAAAAAAAUGUGUAAAUAAAGAGCAGCCGUUUUUAGAUGUCUCUAAAAGAGGCCUUAACAGUACACCAGAUUUUUACAUGUCAGAGUAUCUCCUAAAUGUUAUGGAAAAAACAAGAUGAGAUAGAUGUUAAAUUGUAAGAGAAAAUGUAUAUUAAACAACAUUUCUUAGUCUUGUUGAAAUAAAGACUGCCAAUAUUUAA